AUGAACGGUUCCUCAGAUGGAAGCUUUGGUUAUGAAUAUCUCUUCACAGAUGGAAAAUGGACGAUCAGGGCUGCUGGGUCUGAACAAGAAGAAACGAGCUCAGAUCGAGUCGAUUUAGCCUCAGACGUCUCCGAGAACAUCUUCUGUGCUUCCAUCCAGACCCUUGUUCAAGAGAACACACCCAGCAUGGAAGAAACCACCAAUUCCAGUUUUGGAAAUGUUGACCCCUUUGAUACGUCUAAUAUCGAGGCUGGAGCUGCUGGUCACAGUACCUUUGGGGACAGUACUGGUUCUGUAUUGGGUACCUUUGGGGACAGUACUGGUUCUGUAUUGGGUACCUUUGGGGACAGUACUGGUUCUGUAGUUGGUUCCACUUUAGGAGACGCUGUCCCUCUGUAUGGCCCAGAAAUACACAGUGUUUUGGUGGACACUGUCCCAGUCUGUUAUGUUUCUUCUGCCGGUUGUCCUGCCUCGGAAAAGAGCAGAACCGUCGGUCACUCAGCCGCUAAAAGUUCCAGAAACGCCGUCCUGGUGCAUCAUUCUGACCCCGAGUCCGGUGGAAUGUUAGUGGACGCCGUCCCUGUGCAUCAUGCUCCCUCUAAACUCGGAGGAAUUUCAGAGGAGAACAUCCACCAUGGUGACUCAGAACCUCUGGAGAACAUUUUAGAUGACGCCGUCCAUCGCGAGGUGUUUGAUCCAGCAGGCGAGUCAGCUGGCGUCCCGAAUGACGCCACCGAGACGCCACGGGAUCUCUCCGGAAUCGCAGAAGCAGACGUGGAAUCAGGAUCUUGUGUGUUAGAAGAUCCCGUCGCGGACGUCACGAGGGACAACGGGACUGAAAAUAACCUGACCGUCACACACUCGCUAACGUCCAGCGUCCCUCCAGCACCAGUUAGUCAUGGAGGACCUGAUGCGGAGUCUUCAGAGGAGACGCGACUGACCUACACAGAUGAAACGUCUCAUGAAUUGUGGGUCGACGCUUGUGCGUUUCUAUCGUGCGAGGUGGUCGCAGACGCUAUUUUAGAUGAGUGCGGAUACUGUCCAGUCUCCGGCCCCCCCGCAGCCGCUUCAGAUAACACAAAACCCUCAGGAUCUUUUGAGAAGCGGGGGACUACGAGUGGUCACUUAGAGCUGCCGCCUAUAGAGAGGUGGUCCUCUUCAGAUAGCUGGGCCAGCGCGUUAUCAGACUGGAUCCAGUCUGUCAGUGUCCUUCCGGAAGAUUCUGCCUCUAAAGACGAUAUCACGUCCAGGGAUGCUCCGGAGGAGAAGAUCACGGCCCCAGUAGGACAAGCGCUGGACGAAUCUCAGGGCGGGAAGGUAGCAGGUCUUUCUGAUGGACCUGAGCUCCAGCAGGUGGACGAGAUACGUACAUCAAGGACCCAAAAUUCACCUGAGGACACUUCGGAACAGAAUGAAGGGGUGGAAGGGACGCAGGAGGCCACAGCAAUGUCAGGGAACCACGGCACAUCAGGACGUCCUGCAGAUGUGCACAGCGAGGAUAGCGGUGCACCCUGGGAGGUCGAAGGAGACUUGGAGGAGGGCGGUGGAAGGAAUGGCGGCGCCUUGAGCUUCUCGGGUUACUCUUCGCCUGCGCCUGCACCCCCUCCCCGACUCAACAGGCAUGAAUCGGAUUCGGAUCACCUGACCCGCGUUGACUCGGACUGUCGUCAGGCUUUACUCGUCGAGCAGUGUUUAUUCUCUGAGAAUUCGGAUGCGAACGUGCCUUGGAUAGAGCGACCCCCAGGAGACUCGGACUCUAUUAUGCUGCUUGCGCCCGUCACGCUGGGACAGUCAUUCCUCCGAUUGAAAGAGGAGCACCAUGAAUCCAGGACGUCCUUAAAUCCGUCCCUGACCGGGGUCGGUGAUAUCGGCGAGUUCUUGGACACGUCGUUUCUUACUUUCUCCUCGAGAACUUCUGAUCAGGUCUCGCACUCGCACGAGACUUCCUGUCAGGACCCGAGAACAAAAACGCAACCCGGCGACGCCAGCUCGGAAAUCCGCGGGCCGACCUCUCCGGCGGGUGGUCGGCUCGUGAUCUGUGAGGAGAACCGCGUGGCGUGCAUCACUUUGGACCUGAACGACGUCCUGGGCUUCAGGAGGGACACGAAUGACCAGCGGAGACGCAGCGACGUCGAGAUGCCUCACAGGAGCACAAAGUCGUCCAAAAACAAGGACAAAGCAAGUCAGAGCCAAAACAAGAAGCAGGAAAAUGCCAAACCGGAACCGCCCCCGUCCAAUUCCGGAGGCUCCAAAGAGGGAGCGGUGACUCUAAUCGAGACCAUCAUCAUCACAGAAAAAGUGGCGCCCAAAUCUCAUCCCAAGAAGAAAAAGAAGCACGGAGCGGCCAAACCGAAGGAGGCAGAACCGCUCCUGCAGGUGGAAAACGGAGCACGGCCCAAAAACAUAAAGGCCAAAUCCGACACCGAUGUGGCUCCGGCUCCGUUUCCGGUUCCGACCCCGAACGUGAGCGCAAAACAGCACGAGGAAACGGCGUCAUCCAAACCGGAACCAGCCAAGGAAGUAAAAACCAUGCGCAACCAGGAACCCACAGGCACGUGUGCACCCGGCGUCCAGGACGAUGACAUCGUAAAACGUAGACGCGUCGCUGGUGAGCGGGUCGGAACCGUCCCGGUGAGGGCGAGACCCCAGCUCCCGGCGAUAUUCCGGCAGAGAAAAGAGGACGAAGUGGUGAAGCAGAAGGUCCAACCACCUAAAGAAGUUCCUCGUGUGUUGACAGAGAUUGAAGCAGCUCCAGUAGUCGAUGAUCCUCAGAAUAUUUUACUGUGGUGCAGAUUCAGUUCCAUCACGACUGAAUCCACCAUCACAUGGACGAAAGAGGGAACAGUUCUGUCUGAGGAGAAGAAAAAGAUGGGGGACGAUGGACGGGGAUCAUUUUUGGUGGUGAAGGCGAGCAGUAAGGAUUUGGGUUUGUACCGCUGCACCCUGACCGGCUCCCACGGCUCGGUCUCCACCCCGGACUAUCAUCUCACAUCUGAAGUGUUGAUGGAGCUCGUUAUCCCUGACCACGACGCCCCAGCCGAGUGCAGGCAGCUGGACGGUGAGGAGGAGGACAUCAGUUACGCCCCUCUCCUCUUUAAGGACGACAUACUGACCGAUCAGUACUUCGGCGAGCGGCAGCACACCAGCAUCGUGACGGAGAAAGAUCACUUCGGAGAAGGGAUGCACCGUAAGGCCUUCAGGACCACCGUGAGCUCCGGAGCGACCCCCUCAUUCACGCCUGGGUCCUCCUGUGUCCUCAAAGUGCACAACUCCAUCAGUUACGGUGCUAAAGAUAAUGAUGAGCUCGUCCAGAAGAACUACAACCUGGCUGUGGAGGAGUGUUAUGUACAGAACACGGCCAGAGAGUACAUCAAAGCCUACACCAGCGUGGCCAAAUCUGCCGAUUCCUUCGGAGAAGUUCCCGAGAUCAUCCCCAUCUUUCUGGUGCACCGACCGUCCAACGCCAUCCCGUACGCCACGCUGGAGGAGGAGCUGAUGGGAGAUUUCGUGAAGUACUCGGUGAGGGACGGGAAGGAGAUCAAUCUGAUGAGGAAGGACUCGGAGGCGGGACAGAAGUGCUGCGCGUUCCAGCACUGGGUUUACAGCCAAACAGACGGGAACCUGCUGGUGACUGACAUGCAGGGUGUCGGGAUGAAGCUGACUGAUGUUGGAAUCGCCACCUGCAAAAAAGGUUAUAAGGGAUUUAAAGGAAACUGCUCCACCUCGUUCAUCGAUCAGUUUAAAGCUCUUCAUCAGUGUAACCGUUUCUGCGAGAUGCUCGGCCUCACCUCGCUCCAGCCCAAACCCAGACGAACUGCACCCCCCAAACCCAAACCGCAACCCGGCGCCAAGAAGAAGCCCUUUGGCCCCACACUGAAGGGCAAAUCCUGAUUGGACGCCAGCCCUGAACGCAGGGCAUUAUGGGUAAAUGCUGUGAAGUUGCACCGGGGGAGUUAAACACGUGACUGUGACCUUCUGGACUUUCGUUUUGAGUUCAGUUCUUAACAUUACAUUUCUUACGUACUGUGUUUUUAUUUGUUUUGGAUCCACACUUGAGCUUUUUAGGAAACGUGAUCUGUGUAAAACCCACCGCAGUUCAGAAAUCUAUAACGUGCCGUUCCUCUGUGGUGGAAAUAUAUCAUCUUUAGAGCCACAUUGAUUGAUGAGGUACCAAAAGUAUCCGGACACCUCACACUGAGCUUAUCAUACACCCCAUUUCAAAACCACAGGCAAUAAUAUGGUGGAAUCACCACUCCUUUACUCUUUUAGGAAAGCUUUAUUUGAGAUUUUGGAAUGUGCCCAUGGGAAUUUGUCCCUGUUGUGAGGUCAGGCACCCAUGUUGAACAAGAAAAUUGGGUAAAGUGUGAAUUUUAGUUCUGUCUCAGCUUUUCAUUUAAUGUCAUUCUUAACUUUGUGAAAUAUUUAAACGUGCAUAAACGAAACAGAACUUUUUACCUGACGUUUGUACCACAGAAUCAGUUUAGUGUAGAUUUGUCAUAUAAUGAUGUACAUAAUUUUAAUUUCCUGUGAUUUGAUUUAUGUAUUUUUGUACUGUAUUUUAUUCCCCGAUGUUGCUUACCUUUUCAUGAGCGUGGCAGAGACAGGUAGUCUGUGUGAUGCAGGAUUGUGCAAGGCGAUGAAGCGUUUCCUCAUGACCGACCGUGCCCCCCUGCCUCAGAGAGAAUGUGAACCUCGGCCAGGUUUCCGAAAUUCACCAUGAGACGGCUGACCUUUUGAAACGUGAUAUCGAUCUUCCACUCGUAAAGCUCAUAAUUUAUUUGCCUUUGGAAAACCGGCUAUUUAUUUAUGGACGCUUUUCAUGUCUGGUAGAGGAGAAAGAUUCUGUUUGUGUGUAUUUUAAACAGUUCUUGUACAUGAAACUUCUGCUGGGAUUUUUUUGGGAUUUUAUUAAAAUACAUUCAAAUAUUUAAGCACAGAAAUGAACAAUAAACCAGAC